UACAUGCUUAGUUAGAGCAGGUUUUCGCAAUAAAAGAUAGAAAAAAAGUUAGAAAUAAAAGACUACGAUAUGUCCUUAUACUUCGCAUUUUUCUGUAGUAUUUUGACAUUCAAGUCGAUAAAUGCGGCAUCGUUCCGAACAGAUUCCUCACAAACAAACUGGAAAUAUCAUAACUACGAGGAUAUGACAAAAUUACUACAAGAAUUUUCAAAAAACUUUACGGAGAUAACACGCCUUUAUGACAUAGGAAAUUCCGUGCAAGGACGCAAACUUUGGGUGAUGGAAUUGUCAAGCAAACCUGGAAAGCAUCAGGUUGGAAUACCUGAAUUUAAAUAUAUUGCAAACAUGCACGGAAAUGAAGCCGUAGGAAGAGAGGUACUUUUACGAUUAAUUAAAGAGUUUUGUGAAAAAUACAAAACUGACCCAGAGCUAAAGAGAUUCAUCUACACGACACGUAUACACAUAAUGCCGAGCAUGAAUCCAGAUGGCUUUGAAUUAGCGUACAAUUCAGGUGAAGACUCCAAACGUGAUUGGCUUAUUGGUCGAUCUAACGCAAACAAUAUAGACUUGAAUCGAAACUUUCCCGAUCAAUUCUUCGGAUUGAUAAGUGGUAAACCUCAGCCGGAAACAAGAGCCGUAAUGACAUGGAUCAAAUCAUACCCAUUUGUUCUCAGUGCAAAUCUUCAUGGCGGCUCUUUGGUAGCAAACUAUCCCUUUGAUGACGGCAUAGACGGUGAAGCAACAUACAGCAGGUCACCAGAUGACGACGUGUUCCAAGCACUGGCAAAAACAUUUUCAGAGAACCACGAAACCAUGCAUUUGGACAACCCCCCUUGGCCGUGUCCCGGAGUACCCAUGGAGCAUUUUCAAGACGGCAUCACGAACGGCGCUAAGUGGUACAGUGUUACUGGUGGCAUGCAAGAUUACAACUACGUAACGAGCAAUUGUUUUGAAAUAACUAUCGAGCAAGGAUGCAAGAAAUUCCCGCCGGCAGCAGAGCUUCCGAAAUACUGGCGGGAAAAUAGAAACUCCUUGCUGGCGUAUCUCGAUCAGGUACACAAAGGAGUGAAAGGUGUUGUCAAGGACGAGAAUGGAUUACCAAUCAAAGAUGCAACAAUUGCCAUAAAAAACAGACGUAAAAACGUGAAAACAGCUGUCGAUGGCGAUUAUUGGCGGCUAUUAUUGCCAGGUAAAUACGAGGUAACAGCAUCAGCCCCAGGUUAUAUUGCCUCUACGAAGAAAGCGAAUGUUGAAGACGCACCUGCCACCAAAGUAAACUUUGUCCUAAAGAAGUCUAACAUAAACUUUAAGAAUUACCAGUACGACCAAAUGACGCACGUGGGAGAAAAACCCGGGACCGGAGUAUUAUCUAGACCAUUGCUAGCUACAAACCCUCCCGGACAAAAUCCUCAAAUUCCAGCUAUGGGCCUAUCAAUUCAUGACAUGAUGAACAACCCUGGACAGAAUAUGGAUUGGGAUGAUUAUAGCAAUUCAAUAACUGCUGGAGCUGGAGAUGGUGCACUGUUUGAACAACAAUAUCAAGAUGGAGCUAUGGGAUUAUCAAACAACUUAAGUCCUUUUGGGCAAAUGGAAAACGGACCGGCCUCCAUGCCAAAUGUCGGAAUUCUACCCAGUGCUCAGAUGGAAGAUGGUUUUAUACCAAAUUAUCAAAAUGACAAGACUUUCCAAAAAAUAAGUGGCAUGCCAGAUAUUGGCGCUUUGGGAGGUAACAAAAUUUCAAGAUUUUUCACCGGUACUCCAUUCACGCAAGGAGUAAAUCUUGACGACAUUGCAAUGUCUUCUCCGUACGAGUCGAACUCUAAGGACUACAUAGACAGCCGAUAUUCAAAUACGAACAAUAAUAUGCAACUCAGAAUGCCUUAAAAAUCAUUCAUAAGAUACGGAUGGUUUAAACUGAUUACAAUAUCUGAAUUUGAGUGCAAAAUUGAAGUCAAGUAAGUCGUUUCGCUGUAAAAACUACUUUACUGCUAAGAGAGAACAAAUUUCACAUGCAAUUAGUUCUUGAAAAAAUAACCUUGUAAAGGAUCACUGUAUCAUGAGUAUUUUUAUUAUUUUACAUUUCAAUACAAAAAUAAAGAAUUUGCCCACAAA